AUGAUUUCUUUCAUUAUAACUUUAUUCCUUCUAAUACAAUCAUGUAAUUCUGGUUCAUCAUCAUCUAAGUGUAAAAAAGAGCAAAGAUCCUUUGGAAAAUUCUGGUCAAUAUUGGAAACGCUUAUUGGAUUCAUUUGUACACUAAAUGGAAUAUGGAACACAGUUGAACAUUGGUUGGGAGCAAUUAGGAACGUUACAAAUAUUAGUCAAGUACAGAGAUGA